CUGUCGCUGGGACUGGCCCUCGAUGCGCUGCCCGGCGUGGACGCCGACCUGCAGGACAGCAUUCAGCAGCAUCCCCAGGUGCUGUCGAUCGAGAUGUUCGACGAGCGCGGGAUCGUCCUCUACAGCACGGACGAGAGCCUGCGCGGCGACCUGGUGUCCGAGGACUGGGUGGCCAAGUGGAACGCGGGCGAGCCGGUGUGGUCGGAGGAGGAGCCGGACGCGCACGUGGUCGGCCUGCGGGUGCAGAACAGCCUGGGGCAUGCGGUGGGAUCGCUUGCGUUGCGUUUCUCACGCACCGAGUUCGACGAGAACGUGCAGGACAUGGCGUUGCGGAUCGCCGGGCUGUGCGCCGCGAUCGUGGUCGGGUUCGUGCUGCUCGGCGCCGUGCUCUCGGUGUUCGUGACCCGUCCGCUGCGGCAUCGGCUGCAGGCGAUGCAGGCGCCCAUCGAUCCGGAGAUCGAGGAUACCGGGGCGGACCCGAUCCCCACGCGGUGCGGUUCGCGGAAACGACGGAGGCGGCACGGCGAGCGGUCGCCGACGGAGCCGAGGAGAUUCGGCGCAUCGCACGGGAGGCCGGCCAGCAGCGUGGUCCUGCGGCUCGCCGGCCUGACGGCGCUGCUGCUGAUCCUGUCGCAAGGGGUCCUGUCGUUCCUGCUGGCCAGGACGUUCGAGGACACCCUGCUUCCCGAGGUCCGGCGCAAGGCGGAGGUGGCGGGCGAGCUGGUGGCGGAACAGAUCGGCUAUGCCGUGUCCCUGGGCAUUCCGCUCCGCUCGCUGGUGGAGAUGGACGAGUUUCUGGACGGGGUGCUUGCGGACAACGAGGACUUUCGGUACGUGGCCGUCCUGGACCCGAACGACGUCGAGCUCUAUGCGCGCGGGACCCUGUCGGAGUCGACGCGCGACGCCGCCGACGCGGAGUUGACGGUGCCGAUCGUGCUCGACAACGGAAGGCGGGUCGCGUCCCUGCGGGUACAGGUGCAGGAGGGGACGGUGCGCUCCGAGCUGGCGGCCCUGCGGCUGGACAUCGGCACCGUCCUGCUGGUCACCCUGCUGAUCGGAGAUCGAGUGCUGGUGGCCCUGGUGGUGGUGCGGAUCUCCGGGCCCAUCCGGCUCGCGGAUCGGCUCCUGGCGCUCAGCGCCAGGGGUGACUUCGGCAGCCGCUUCGGCGUGCGCCACCGCGACGAGGUCGGGCGUUUCGGUCAGCUCAUCAACGCCGCGCUGCACCGCAUCAACGCCGCGUUCGCGGAACUGGUGGAGGAAGCCGAGGACGCGCAUGAGGUGCAGCUCGAUCGGGGCGUCCAGCAGCGUAUCAGGGACGUGGUCUCGGACAUCAGGACGCGCUUCCACUUCGCGACCCCCGGCUCGGAGAACACGCUCGUUUCCCGCUCGCCGAUGGACGUGCGGAUUCCGCUGUUCCUGUUCAUGCUGGCGCAGGAGAUCUCACGUCCGUUCCUGCCGCUGUUCUUCGACGAGAUCUAUACGCCCAUCUUCGGCUUGAGCCGCGACGUGACGAUCGGACUGCCGAUUACCGCGUUCAUGACCAUGGUGCUCGUAUCGAUCCCGAUCGCCGGAGCGCUGACGGACCGGAUCGCGCCGCGCGGGAUGUUCGUCGCCGGCAUCGUCCCGUCGGUGGUCGGACACGCCUACGUCGCCCAGCACACGGAGCAAACCAGCCGGGCGACCGGCAUGGCGGGGUUUCUCGGGGCGGUGUUCGCGGCAUUCGUCUGCGGUCCCGCGAUCGGGGGGAUGCUGGCCGACCGUCUGGGCUACCAGGACACCCUGCUGGUAGCGGCCGCACUCGCCGCCGUCUCCGCGGCGGCGGCGCUCGUCACGAUCGACCCGGGAGGCGUCCGCCGGCUGGACGGCCCGCGGGGCGGCAUACAUGGUUGGCUCCGGCUGCUGGCGCACCGCGAGUUUCUCAUCGUGACCGUGCUCUCGGCAUUGCCGAGCAAGCUGGUUCUGGGCGGCCUGUUUUUCUACCUCGUGCCGCGCUAUCUGGCCGAGCUCGGCAACGUGCAGUCGAACGUGGGCCGGGUGAUGAUGGCGUACGGCAUCGCGUGCGUGCUGGUCACGCCGCUGGUAGCUCGCCGCCUGGACCGCGUCAGGCGGCCGCGGGUCCUGAUGGUUGCCGGCGGCUGCGUCAUCGGCGUGGGGUGCGCGCUACCGGCGCUGACGGACGCGACCGGCCUGGUGCUGGCAGCGGUGGCGUUGAUGGGCGCGGGUCACGCGAUGGUCACCGUUCCACAGCUCGCCGUGAUCCAGGAGAUCGCGCAGGACGCGAGCCGUGAGUUGGGGCUCGGACCGGGGGCGAUCGUCGGCAUGUUCCGCACCCUGGAACGCGUCGGCACUGCGGCGGGCGCGAUUCUGGUAGGCGCGGCCGUGGCAGCCCUGACGUACGGGGACGCGAUGCUGGCGGUCGGCGCGCUGGUGCUGAUCUGCACCGUGCUCUAUGUCGCAGCCGGUGGCGCGGCCCGCAGGGCGAUCGGGGUGCCGGCGUGA